CGCGAAUUCUUCCUUUUCAUCCCGGUCACAGCGAUAGCGGACGGGAACUAGGUAAUCAUGGCCCCCAGCAGGAAUGGCAUGAUUUUGAACCCUCAUUUCCACAAAGACUGGCAGAAGAGGGUUCGCACCUGGUUUAACCAGCCUGCCAGAAAGAUCCGCAGGCGCAAGGCACGACAGGCUAAGGCUCGCCGAAUUGCACCUCGCCCCGUGGCUGGCCCUCUUCGCCCCAUGGUCAGGUGUCCCACCAUCAGGUACCACACAAAGGUUCGCGCGGGACGAGGCUUCACCCUGGAGGAGCUGAAGGCUGCAGGUAUCCACAAGAAGGUUGCCCGCACCAUCGGCAUUUCAGUGGACCCUCGCCGGCGCAACAGGUCCACCGAGUCCCUCCAGGGCAAUGUGCAGCGGCUGAAGGAGUACCGCUCCAAGCUCAUCCUUUUCCCCAGGAAGGCAUCCGCUCCCAGGAAGGGAGACAGCUCUGCCGAGGAACUGAAGAUGGCCACACAGCUGACUGGCCCUGUCAUGCCCAUCAGAAACGUGCACAAGAAAGAGAAGGCCAAGGUGAUCUCAGAGGACGAGAAGAACUUCAAGGCCUUCGCCAGCCUGCGUAUGGCCCGCGCCAACGCCCGCCUCUUCGGCAUCCGCGCCAAGAGAGCCAAGGAGGCCGCCGAGCAGGAUGUGGAGAAAAAGAAGUAACAGUGAUUUCUGUGGUUCUGUCAAAUAAAAUAAAUACCCCGCUUUCCCAAAAAA